GCAUGGCUGUCUAACUUACUCUCUGAGACUUGCAGACUAGCUAUGCUAAAGUUAGCAACUUAACUCGCUAGCUAGUUCAACCUUAAACUACAGGUCAGCACCUGCUUAAACCAGCUAACAUACGUCUAGAAGGGCAACGUAUUGACGGUGCAUAAAAUUGGCAUUUUUAGAGUUUUUAAUUAUGCUUUGGCCAACAGCUAUACUGUAGAUAUAGUACACAGGAUUAACUUCUCUGCUUAGCUGUUAGUGGCCCGCUUAGUAGGCAGCUAACAAAAUGCCAAGAGCUGGCUAGUUGUUGGGAGCCCGUGUAACGUGCAUCGUUUCGCCUGGGAUUAGCGGCAUCAGGCGCAUCAGCCAUUUGGCUCCAUAGUACCGCUGUAGCAGGACAGCUGUUCUCCAAAAUGAACAUCCAGCGAAUUGCUGGCGAGCACAAUUCCUUGCUUUACUGUUCGCUAAACUAUUCGCGAGUUUCCUUAAUAUUUCCCCAACGAAGAAAUGUGAAUGGAUGUCUGUCUGGCAAUUUGCACGAGUAAUAAGCGUCCUAGCUGAACACAUAACCCACCACAGUUUUAUUAUGGAAUACCGUUUUUACACGUGUACCUACGUCACUCCUUUAUUUGCAUUGUAAAUCAACGUUACGUGGAGCCUUAGCUCCUGCUUAGCUAAAUAGAUAGCAUUAACUACCACGUAAUAAGAUGAAAGAUUUUGAGCAAGAGGAACGGACUGAAUGUGUAUUAGGUUAUGCGACAUGUGUGUGUCAAGUGAAAGGGGGGAAAUUUCAUUUUCUGUGAACAUUAACAGUGCUGCGAGGGAUUGAGUUCAGUAUUACUUGUAUCUCGGCGAGGUCAUGGCUCUGGGGUCUCCCAGUGUGGACUCCAAAGCAGAGCUGUCUUCUCUGCUGGAGAAAUGGGAACAGGAACAGCAGGGUAGCACCCAGGACCUGGUCUCUAUCCUCACCAAAAUCUCUGAGCUGAUUGAACGGGAAACAGAGGAAUACCACAAAGCUGAUCCCGACCCUUUUGAUGACCGGCAUCCAGGAAGAGCAGAUCCAGAAUGCAUGCUUGGGCACCUGCUCAAAAUCCUGUUCAAGAAUGAUGAUUUCAUGAAUGCGCUGGUGAACACCUACGUGAUGACGAGCAGAGAGGUCCCUCUCAAUACGGCAGCCUGUCGCCUUCUUCAGAACAUCAUGCCUGGCCUGGAAACUGCUGUGGUAUUUCAGGAGAAGGAGGGCAUUGUGGAGAGGCUCUUUAAGUGGGCUCAGGAGGGGGACCAGACACUGCGCAUAUAUGCAACUGGGCUGCUGGCUGGGGCCAUGGAGAACCAGGAUAUUGCUGCCAACUACAGGGAGGAGAACUCUGUCCUAGUACCCCUGAUGUUACAGCGCCUGCGGGAGCUGCAGGAGAAGGAAGCCGAGUGCCGGCAGGAUUUCAAGCGGCCAAGUCCCCGGAAGAUCCCGGGGGAGCCGCUUCUCCCGCUGGACGAAGAGGCCGUGGAUGGGGACUUCGAGGAUGCCGCCUUGCCUGUGACAAACAAUGGGGGCGAGUGGGGAGGGCAGUCUGACGCGUACGAAGGAGAGAAGCAAUCUGAUCUGUCCUUUCGCCUGAACUCUUCCCACAAGACCAGCAGCCGCGCCAACUCCGCCGUAAAGGCUUUGGCAAAACCUGAGUCAGAUGUGGGCGAAACGGCGGCAAAGAGGGAAAAUGAAGGUCAGGUGAGGAAAAAGGAGAACGGACGCAAGGCCAAACAGAAGCUGAAUUUCUCACUUCCAGAGCCAGAAAGGAACUUGAGUGAGCUAUCAAACAGUAGCUGGUCGGAGAUGAGCCCCUGGGUCAUUGGCACCAAUUACCACUUAUACCCUCUGACUCCUGCCAUCGAGCAGCGGCUCAUCCUGCAGUACCUCACUCCUCUCGGCGAGUACCAGGAGCUUUUGGCUGUGUUCAUGCAGCUGGGGGCUCGGGAGCUGCUCAUGCAUUAUAUUGACCUCAAACAAACCAAUGAUGUCCAGCUGACUUUUGAAGCUCUCAAGUAUCUGGCUUCCUUGCUUCUGCACAAGAAGUUUGCGGCAGAGUUUGUCGCCCACGGAGGGGUGCAGAAACUGCUGGAGAUCCCUCGGCCCUCCAUGGCCGCCACUGGCGUUUCGCUGUGCCUUUACUACUUGGCUUACAACCAGGAUGCCAUGGAACGGGUGUGCAUGCUUCCACCCUCCAUCCUGGCCGAGGUUGUGAACUACACGCUCUGGCUCCUGGAGUGCUCCCAUGCGUCUGGCUGCUGUCACGCGACCAUGUUCUUCUCCAUCUCCUUCGCCUUCCGUGCCGUUCUCGAGCUCUUUGAUCGCCAGGAUGGACUCCGCCGGUUGGUCAACCUGAUCAGUACGCUGGAGAUCCUGAACCCCGAGGACCAGGGGGCCCUGUUGAGUGACGACGAGAUUUUCUCCAGUCGGCAGACGGCCAAACACACGUGCAUGGCGCUCCGAAGGUACUUCGAGGCUCACCUGGCCAUAAAGUUGGAGCAGGUGAAACAGUCCCUGCACCGUACUGAGGGGGGUACCCCUGUUCACCCACAGCCUUAUUACAAGGCGUGCACCUACACCCAUGAGCAGGUGGUGGAGAUGAUGGAGUUCCUCACAGAGUACGGCCCUGCACGACUGUACUGGGAACCAGCUGAGGUCUUCCACAAGCUCUCCUGCAUCCAGCUUCUGCUGCAGCUCAUCUCCAUUGCGUGUGAUUGGAGGACCUACUACGGCAGGAGUGACACAGUGCGAUACGCCCUGGAUAUCUUGGCGAUCCUCACAGUGGUGCCUAAGACGCAGCUGCUGCUGGCCGAAUCUGUGGACAUUCUGGAUGAGGGGGGGUCCUCUGUCUCUACUGUGGGGAUGAGUAUCGUCCUGGUGGUAGCUGAGGGCGAGGUGUUUGUGAACGACGCCGAGAUCCAGAAAUCCGCGCUGCAGGUGGUGAUCAACUGCGUGUGUGCGCCAGACAAGCGCGUCUCCAGCAUCGGCAAGUUCAUCUCGGGGACGCCGCGCCGGCGCCUGCCGCACCACACUAAGAGCAGCGAGAGCGUGCUCACCAAGAUGUGGAACGUGGUCCAGUCCAACAACGGCAUUAAGGUGCUGCUGUCGCUGCUCACGGUCAAGAUGCCCAUCACCGACGCCGACCAGAUCCGCGCCCUGGCCUGCAAGGCGCUGGUGGGUCUGUCGCGGAGCGCUUCCGUCAGGCAGAUCAUCAGCAAGCUGCCGCUCUUCAGCAGUGGCCAGAUCCAGCAGCUCAUGAAGGAGCCCGUGCUGCAGGACAAGCGUAGCGAGCAUGUCCGCUUCUGCAAGUUCGCCGCCGAGCUCAUCGAGCGCAUCUCCGGCAAGCCGCUGCUCAUCGGCACCGACGUGUCCCUGGCCCGGCUGCAGAGGGCCAGCGUCGUGGCCCAGUCGCGCAUCACCUUCCCUGAGAAGGAGCUGCUGCUGUUGAUCCGCAGCCACCUGCUGGCCAAGGGCCUCAACGAAACGGCCAACGCCCUCACCAAAGAGGCCGACCUGCCCAUGGUCCUGCCCCAUUCCUCUGCCUUUCCCAUCGUCUCUGUUGCCCCUCCCGCCUCUCCCGUCACCACCCUUCCUCGCACCCCUCGCAUUGCCAACGGCGUCGCUGCCCGACUGAGCCACGCCUCCCUCUCCUCCACCCCUUCCUCCAUCCAUGCUCAGCCCCGCCCAUCAACUUCACAGCCGCCCUCCUCUCUCCCUGCCCCGGCCCCUGCAGCCCCACCUCCGCACAGCAACAGCUCGCCCCUUAUCGGCCGCAUCGUCUUCACCCGGGAGCGGCCCUCCCCCUGUGUCGGCAGCGGCAGUAGUAAGAAACCCAGGGUGCUACGGCAGAAGUCGGACCAUGGUGCGUUCAGCCAGACGCCCGCCAUGAAGAAGCAGCCGGACCGGCAUCUUCCUUCGCCGCCGGCACUCGACAGCAUCAUCACCGAGUAUCUGCGCGAGCAGCACGCCCGCUGCAAGAACCCCGUCACCACCUGCCCGCCCUUUUCCCUUUUCACCCCUCACCAGUGCCCCGAGCCCAAGCAGCGACGCCAGGCACCAACCAACUUCACCCCCCGGCACACGCGCAGGGUGGUCUACCCCAAGUACGGCGGUGUGGAUGGAGGCUGCUUUGACAGACACCUCAUCUUCAGCAGGUUCCGGCCGAUCUCCGUGUUCAGGGAGGCGGAGGAGGACGAGAGCGGCUUCAUGUGCUGCGCCUUCUCUGCCCGCGAGCGCUUCCUCAUGCUGGGCACCUGCACGGGGCAGCUGAAGCUCUACAACGUCUUCACGGGACAGGAGGAAGCCAGCUAUAACUGCCACAGCUCAGCCAUCACACACCUGGAGCCCUCGAGGGAUGGCUCUUUGCUGCUCACAUCCGCCUCGUGGAGUUACCCCCUCUCUGCACUCUGGGGCAUGCAGUCAGUAUUCAUUAUAAAGCAUUCCUUUUUAGAUGAUCAUUACGUGGAGUUUAGCAAACUCUCUCAGGACCGAGUCAUUGGCACAAAGGAGUAUAUCGCUCAUAUAUAUGACAUCCAGACUGGCCAGAAGACCCUGACUCUCAACAACCCUGACUUGGCCAACAGCUACAAGAGGAACUGCGCCACCUUUAACCCCACGGAUGACCUGGUGCUGAACGACGGCGUGCUGUGGGAUGUGCGCUCCGCUCAAGCCAUACACAAGUUUGAUAAGUUCAACAUGAACAUCAGUGGUGUCUUCCACCCCAAUGGGCUUGAGGUCAUCAUCAACACAGAGAUUUGGGACUUGCGGACUUUUCAUCUUCUCCACACGGUCCCAGCCCUGGACCAGUGCCGGAUAGUCUUCAACAACAAUGGUACAGUCAUCUACGGAGCGAUGCUACAGGCCGACGAUGAGGAGGACAUGAUGGAGCAGCAGUUAAAAAGCCCCUUUGGCUCCUCCUUCAGGACGUUUGAUGCAACUGACUACAAGCCCAUCGCAACAAUUGAUGUAAAAAGGAAUAUUUUUGACCUUUGCACGGACACUAAGGACUGCUAUCUAGCUGUUAUUGAGAACCAAGAUUCAAUCAACAUGGACACGGUCUGCCGGCUCUAUGAGGUGGGCCGGCAGCGAUUAGCAGAGGAAGAGGAAGACGAAGAAGACCAGGAGGAUGAAGACCAGGAGGAUGAUGACGACGACGAUGACGACGAUUCUGAUGAUGACCUGGAUGAUAUAGACACAGAUCCCUUGCUCGCAGAGCUAGAGAAUGAAAAUGGAGGUGAAGAGGAGGAAGAGGAGGAGGACGGAGAGCACGACUUCUCACCUUCUGAUGAUGAGGAGGUGGCACGCCUGCUGGAAGAAGAAGGGGAGGAAGACGACGACGACGAUGAUGAUGACGAUUCAGACGACAAUGAAGAUGUUGAGCUCAUUCUUGAGAACACAGACAGUUCUGAUAAUUCGGACCUGGAGGAUGACAUCAUUCUGUCUCUGAAUGAGUGAAGGCAGACUGGACAAACGAAAGCCAAGCACUGAGGCCUGUCUCCCGGGUAACAGGUUCUGGGGGAAUGCUCGCAGAUGUAGCGGCGAUGCUAAUGAAGUACAGUUAGAGAGAAACGAGAGCGACAUGGUGAGGAGAAGGAGUGGAGUUUGGGUUGGUCGGGCCUGAAUGUUGAUGGCGAGGUGGUUUCUGCCGCAGGGGAUGGUGUGAGUUUAAGACGCACUGUUAAAGCGGGGCCUGUACCCCAGUGCAACUCGGCAGCAGACACAUGCAGAGGUACGGUAACCGGAGAGUGACUGAAAUAUUUGUAAGAAUUUCUUAAAUACAUAGUUUUAUAUGGCAAUGUAGCUUUAUAAGUGUUCUGUAUACCACAAAAUGCCAGUAAUGAUUUCUCUUUUUUUUUUUUUAUUUUUUUAUUUUGAAACUUAGAUGCUAUUUUGACAUAUUUCCAAAUAUGAAGCAGUCCUUACUGGUGUGUAGGAGGUGAUUAUGACGCCAGUUGGCAUGACGAAGGGGGUCCCCUUACCCACGUGUCAGCUUGUGUCUGGGUCGUGCUGGGUGAGGAGUAGCUGGCUUUCAGACUGCUUACCGCCCUGCCUGUCCACUGAUAGGUCUUUUUUUCGCUCCGCCCUUCCCCGCCCACUCGCCAGGACGUGGCCUGCCGCCGCACCGUAGCCGGGCGGCUGCUUGCAGCUGUUGCACAGCUAAUUCGCGUCCCUCAGUUUAAUCAGGCUGAUUUCAGCUCCUGGAAGAAAUGUGUUGGCCAGUGUGCCGCCGCUCAUGGCUCCUCAUCCAAAUCGCAUUAAUAAAUGCGCAGCCUGACUUCCGGGUAGCAGGUUCUAGGGGAGUGCUAGCAGUCGUGCAGCCAUGCUAAUGAAGUACAGUUGGAUACAAACAAGAGCACAGGAUUACCACCCUUAACUGAGAAGCCUUAAACCAUCGUUUCACUCUUUCUGUAGGUUGGUUUUUUAUUUUUUUUUUGUACCAAAUGCAGAAAAAUUAAGACCCAUGUCUCCUCCUUUCAGUUUUACUUCUAAAAUGCAUCACAUAACCCUUCAAGUUAUUUAUGCUGGGUUAUACUUUUCUUUUGGAAUGAAAAAAAUAUAUUAUGUUUAGUCCCUCAUAUAAGCCCUUUCAUUACACUUGAAAACCUGAGGACUGAUCAGGGAUAAGUGAGCUUUUUAGCUUUUGUAUUACACUUCAUGUCCAACGUAGUGGGUAGGAAAGGGAGCAGGUCCUUUCCUAAUUUCACAAAUCAGUGUUCUGGUCCUGGAACAUUUACAAUGAGGUUGCACUGUCCACUGAUAUUUUAAAUUGUAACUGCAGUUGCAAUGUUCUAUGUUCUGCAGUUGCUAUGUUCUCUUGUACGUUGGAAGGACUCGGUAGAAACAUUUGAAAAUGACAGUAUUGCCCUGUAUAAAGUGCCACUCAGAAUAUGCGCAAGAUUGUCUGCGCUGGUACCGAUCUUGUCAUUUAUUGAGGGUACCCCCCCCACACACACACUCGUGUGUUUUUCUGUGAAAUAUGUCCUUAAUUACAGCAAUUAUCACAUUCUGUGUAAAAACCUUCACAUCAAUACUUGUACAAAAUGUAUGAAAAGUAUUUUUGCUAUAAAUGGAACUGAAAAUA